AUGGACCUAAAGGAUGGCCCCGUCCUGGAACCUCCUAACCCGCAGCUCCAAUCUCGCUCGACAUCCCCGGGCACUCUUGAAUCCAAGCAGGAGAACCCCAUUGCGGGCUCUGACCACCGCACGUCGCUUAGCAUCAACUACCUGCCGUCCAAGUUCUCGAAGACGGUGCUUUCGGGUGGGCCGAAGCGGCGCAAGGUAUGGAAGAGCACCGAGAUCAUGUUGCCGAAACGUGGAGGCGGACGCGAGGCAUUCAGAAGUGACGAAGCGCGCAUGCCCGACGGGGGCGACGAUGACUACAACGGUAUAGUGCUCAGAUCCAAUGAGGGUGGACGGAAAUCCAAGCCUCGCUGGAACAGGUUUAAAUGGGCUUUGUUCCUGACAAAUAUCUUGUUCACGAUCUACUCCAUUGGUGGCCUCAUCUUCUGUCUCCUUAUCUGGUUCAAUGACCUCCCAAACGCCGCCAUCAUCCGCCUCGCCAACCACACUGAGCUUAUCCUCAGCACGUUCGCCGCCUCACUCGGAAUCCUCACUGCACUUAUUGGACACUCCGGCGUGCUCCUCAACAACCGCACGUUCCUCGCCGUGUACUGCACCCUCCUCUUCGCGUGUUUCGCGCUGCUCGUCGCGCCGGGUUACACUGCGUACAAGCGGCGCGCGUUUGAUCUCGAGGGCAAGAUCAACGAACAGUGGUCGCGCGACCUCGGACUUACCGGGCGGCUCGUUGUGCAGGACCAGCUUCACUGCUGCGGAUACUUCAGCCCGUUUGUUGAGGCAACUGUGAGCGCGACGUGCUAUGCACGGAGCGUCCUCCCCGGAUGCAAGGCUCCGUACCUGCGUUUCGAGAGAAAGGUACUUGAGUGGUGGUAUACGGUCGUAUUCGCGCUUGUCCCCGCGCAGAUAUUCGUCAUGGUCGCUGGUCUACUGUGCUCGAACCACGUUACAUACAGAUUUGGGAAGGGAAUGAUGCCGAAGGCGUACCGUCUGGAUGCGGACAGUCUAACAUUCAUCAUGCAAAACUAUGCGAGCCAAUUGGCAGAACAGUACGGCAAAGAAGUCGCCAAGGACGUUGUGGCCCGUUCGAGAUCGACUCUCCAGCUCGACGCGAUCCCUAUGGUACGCUACUCUGGAAACUCAUCCUCGACGUCUACGGCCAGCAUGCUUGUCAGCUCUUCAAGGAGAGCCUCAAAUAUAAUUUGAAGAGCUCCAGUGACACCUCUGGAGGGUAUAAACCCCUUUGCAGAGCCAUAGAGUGCCUUCAGGUUCUCCGAGAAUACCGUCAAGUUUCGGAGGUCGAAGAUUAUUUGACUACUACAUCUCAUGUUUCCCUUCUUGCCACCCGUUUUACGAUAUUAUCCUAGCCCUCUUCUAACUUUGUGUAAACUCUUCUUCAACUUUCGACCAUGAGGCUUUGGGAAUGUCCAUGCAGGGGUGAUUGAAAUGCAGCAGUAACAAGUUGGUAACAAUGAAACCC